AGAAAAAAGAGUUUUUAAAGUAAUAAAGCAGAAUAUUUAUGAGUUAAAUAUGUUAAAUUGUAUUUUUUAUGUUUGUGUUUGUGUGUGCGGUGGUCCGUCGGCGGAAUGAUUUUACCGGAAGUUUAGAAUCACCUUGGAUUCAAAUAGCUCCUCUUGCAUGACAAGGAAGCAGCUCUCCGAUAUAUUUCGCAAUUUUCUGUGCCUACGUGUGUGAAAUGAAGCGGUACAGCUCGUGGAUCAUGGGGGUUUUAGGGACCUAACCUGCUAAGAUGAGUGAUGUAGAGGCAGCACAGUAUGAGCCUAGUCGUAAAAACGGCUGGACUCUGCCACUUGCAAAACUUCAAGUGCUAGCCUGGACGGUGCUGGUCUUGCUGGGAGUUCUCCACUUUACCUCCCUUGUUCCCACCCUGCGCACCUCAUGGCAGCCUGCGGCGCACAUAGUUCCAGCAUUGGUGCUGACCUUUCACCUGAUAGUCCACCUGGUUACAAUGACAAUUGACCCGUCUGAUAACAAUGUGCUACCAUUUCCAAAAAUUAAGUUUGAUUGAUCAAAGCAUGAACAUUUAAUAGAAAACUCCCACUGCAACAUAUGCCAAGUCGAUGUAGGGGUAAAAUCAAGGCACUGUAGAAUCUGCAAUAAAUAUAUCGACAGAUAUGACCACCACUGCGAAUUCUUGAAUAACUGUAUUGGUGGCAAAAACUACAGAUGGUUCAUAGCAACACUUGUAAGCGCUGUUGUUGCCAUCGGCAUGGUAACUGGCAUUGCUGUGACUGAGUUUGUUACCUACUUCAUGGAUCAAGCUAGCAGGAACUUUCUGCAGCCAUACCGGGAACUUGACGGCAUGCAACACUUCAGAGAGGCCGAGUUUAAAAUCUUCCUCCAAAGUGUCCCCCACAAGGUGUGGCUCGCCAUGCUGGCAGUCUUUUUCGUGCUGGGCUUCCUUGCCCUUGCCAUGGUCUCACAUCUUCUUGGUUUUCACAUAUAUUUCAUUUACCUCAAUAUGAGUACAUAGGACUACAUUAUGGUUCAAAGGGACAAAAAAAGCCAGGAAAAGGUUGGCAGCAAUUACAAGGGCUGCCACAAAAAGAAGAGCGAAGUGAACCAGCCAUCAGACAGCAGCGCAACCAACAAUGCCAACACUACCAGCCUGCCUUUACGUGACACUGCGGCCCCCAGCCUGCCUUCACCUGACACUCAGGCCCCAAGCCUGCCUUCACCUGACACUCAGGACCCAAGCCUGCCUUCACCUGACACUCAGGCACCCAGCCUGCCUUCACCUGACACUCAGGCCCCAAGCCUGCCUUCACCUGACACUCAGGCACCCAGCCUGCCUUCACAUGACACUCAGGCCCCAAGCCUGCCUUCACCUGACACUCAGGCCCUAAGCCUGCCUUCACCUGACACUCAGGUCCCAAGCCUGCCUUCACCUGACACUCAGGCCCCAAGCCUGCCUUCACCUGACACUCAGGCCCCAAGCCUGCCUUCACCUGACACUCAGGCACCCAGCCUGCCUUCACAUGACACUCAGGCCCCAAGCCUGCCUUCACCUGACACUCAGGCCCUAAGCCUGCCUUCACCUGACACUCAGGUCCCAAGCCUGCCUUCACCUGACACUCAGGCCCCAAGCCUGCCUUCACCUGACACUCAGGCCCCCAGCCUGCCUUCACCUGACACUCAGGCCCCAAGCCUGCCUUCACCUGACACUCAGGCCCCCAGCCUGCCUUCACCUAAUACUCAGGACCCCAGUCUGCCUUCACCUGACACUCAGGACCCAUGCCUGCCUUCACCUAACACUCAGGACCCCAGCCUGCCUUCACCUGAUGCUCAGGACCCCAGCCUGCCUUCACCUGAUGCUCAGGACCCCAGCCUGCCUUCACCUGACACUCAGGCCCCAAUAAGCACAGAGAACAACAACAACAACUCCAAACAGGUGCCCUCCCAGCACCCCUGCGCCCUGCAUGUUGUCAACGAAUGUGUGACCACCGACAGACUGGUACCACCGCUCCAAGGGGACAACAGACUGGUACCACCGCUCCAAGGGGACAGGAGAGCUUGGCUGCAGACCAGACAUUGAAAUACGGAAAUAAGGAUCUUUGAAUCAUUCUUACCACACAAAUAUUCCAGAGGCACUUUUCCACUGGGACACUGUACAGAUGGAGUUACAGCGACGCUUGUGCUGUUAGUAACGUAGGUGAUGCCGCCAAUUGUAAACGUGAACAUCGAUUCUGACUCGUUGAACACGGUUUGUGUGGUGUUUUCUAAGUAGGCAACGACAAAGAACAGACCUAUACAAUCUGAAGAUGGCUCUGAAAUUAAAAGCAUAUAUUUACAUUAUACUGUAACGGCAGAGUGCGCGCAAAAUUUUGUAAUGCGAUCAGUAUUUAGGCCAUAACACUGUAGUCGUCUUAUCCAGGGAUACUUCUAAGGCUUUAAAAAUAUUCAAUAUGAUUGCCAAGAUUGAUUGACUUUGAGUGAAAUCGCUGGCAUCUGGACUUUGUUGCUCCAUUUUUGCACUUUCGGUCACAGAUUGUGUUCGAGGCAUGUUUGGAACCAACAAGCGGAUUAACGAAGCGCUUAGUUCAUUCUUGUAUACGAGCUGGGAUUCCAUACACACCUCCGUGCUUAUAAUAAAUCGUUUCACGUUUGUAACGCUGUAUAAUUUUCAUGUUUUCAAAUCAUCAAAAAUGCAUGUAAUGGAUAUUUUAGAGCAUGGUUAAUGUGCAGCAUAACUGUUUUCUCGCAAAUAUGCAUUCAACGAAAAUUUGCAAAACCGAAUUUAUUUUUUCCACUUUCGUCAAUUUACCGAAACUUGAACAGUUCCCAUCAUAAAAUCAAACACAGGUUUGAAUGCAAAAGAAAACCUGUCGUGUAUGCAUUAUACAUACAGCUAAUUCGGAUUAGCCCACGUCCAGCCUAUUUGCAGACUUUCAGAUAUGAGUGAAUAUAAAUGUGUGACAAACCAAAAUUAAAUAUAUCAUCACAUCUCAUACUUCUUAAUUACGUAUAUUAUACCUAACUUCAAAAGGAAACCAUGUUGUGAUUUGCCGAUAUUUACAUAUUGCGCGGUGCCAAACACAUCGUGUGUGGUAUACUUAAUCAGGGUGCAGGAUCCCGUGACUUUAUGGGGUUCCCCCUUUUAACUUUAAUGGGUGUAAACACGGCAGUUAGUGAUGCUUUAUUUCAAACAAUUUUUUUGAACAAUUUUUCUGAAGAAUUUCAACUAGUGCAUAAAAGAUAGAUUUCUAUUCUGCUUAUGUCAAUGUGAAAUACAUCAGAAUACAUCCGAAUUACUUUAUUGUGUUCUUAUUGAAAAUUCGAUUUUUAAUACACGGUUAUGCUUCAGUCAACGUGGAAUUUUGUCACCGAUUUCAGACGUAUUCAAGGAUUUAUUUUUAUACCUUAAGAUAUCGGUACAAACUGCAAGAAAAACUGUCUUGUAUGCACUAAAGAAUUUUGCAAAUGUAUUUCAAUAACUUAAGAUAUUUGCUAAAAUAAAGCUCUUAAGGUGUGA